AUGUAUAACGUGGCAUGGAGCACCACGACACGGUCGCUCCUAGUGCCCGUGCCUGCCCGUGGUCACCUGGUGCCCGCGCCUGCCCGUGACCACCUGAUGCCCGUGCCUGUCCGUGACCACCUGGUGCCCGCGCCUGCCCGUGACCACCUGGUGCCCGCGCCUGCCCGUGACCACCUGGUGCCCGCGCCUGCCCGUGACCACCUGGUGCCCGCGCCUGCCCGUGACCACCUGAUGCCCGUGCCUGUCCGUGACCACCUGGUGCCCGUGCCUGUCCGUGACCACCUGGUGCCCGCGCCUGCCCGUGACCACCUGGUGCCCGCGCCUGCCCGUGACCACCUGAUGCCCGUGCCUGUCCGUGACCACCUGGUGCCCGCGCCUGCCCGUGACCACCUGGUGCCCGCGCCUGCCCGUGCCUGUCCGUGA